CCAAACCAAAGCGAGAAGGAAAGAGCAUGGCUGCCCAAAAUGUCGUCUUCAUUUCUUUUCGCUCUCCAAUUCAACCCCCAUUUCAUGGUGAUAGGCUUACACCAUUUUCUCUCUCCUUUGCUCAUCAUGAGACGAUACCCUACGCUCUCUCUAUCUCCUCAAUGCUUUCACAAUGUUCAAAGCAGUGGCCUUCUUCUUCUUCGUUAGACCUUCAUACGGAACCAGACCUAGGGCUUCUCUCUCUGUUUCGAGGAAUUGGGUUUCUGGAGAGAGAAACAGAAUAUCUGCUGCAUGAAAACCCUCUUCUUCUGAUAACCCCAGUUGAAUCGAUUAGGUCGAGGUUAGAGUCUCUAAUGUCCAUUGGAAUCCCAGAAGCUGCUCUCCAUUGUUUGAUUGAUGAAAGACCAGAGAUUUUGACGGCUGAGGUCUACACGUUCCUCAAAUUUGCUGCACAGAACUUGAAAGGAAUCAAAUCAGAAAGAAUUGAGCGUCUUUUGAUUGGAGCUGAGCUUGAUUCUCUCUCUGAUAUUUCUACAAGAGUUCAGUUGUUUAUCGAUCAUGGAGUUCCCCAUGAAAAACUGGUUCAAGUUUUGAGCAAGGUCAAUCUCAAGAAGGUUUUCUCUGAAAUGACUGUCGAUGAAAUUGAUAGGGUAAUCACAUUUUGGAAACAGUAUGACAUUGACAACCAUUGGUGUUCCUGCAUAAUUCGACGACCUGCUCUGUUAAACCUCGAUCUUGAAAUCUUUAUCAUCCCUAGGAUUGAUUUUCUCUUGAAUCUUUGCAAGGAUGAAAGCUCAGUGAAAACCCUAAUCAAUCGAUUCCCCCAUGUCUUAGCCUACACUGUCAAGCAUGUGGAAAUGGACAGCAAUUUUUGGAGAGGAGAAGGCUUCUCUGAUGCUGAAUUCUUCAAGAUUGUGGAGGUUUAUCCUAGUAUUUUUAGUGUGAGCAUAACCAGGAAACUUAGACCUAGGGUUGAGUUUCUCAAGAAUUGUACCUUGAAUAAGGAUGACCUAUUCAAGUUUCUUAUCAAAGCUCCAUUGUUUCUUAGCCUCUCACUUGAAGGGAAUUUAGCCAAGAAAUUGGCUUUCUUGGUUAAGAUGGGCUAUGAGCCUCGUACAAGAGAACUGGCCAUGGCUAUGGGUUCCACAACUAGAACCAGUAGCGUGAAUAUGCAGAUGGUUGUUAAUGUUCUUAUGAAUUAUGGGUUUUCUUGCUCUGAUAUAUUGUCGAUGAGCAAAGUUCAUCCUCAGAUAUUGCAAUACAACCAUACAUCAUUGGAAUUGAAGAUUGAUUAUUUGAUCAAUGUUAUGUGUAGGGAUACAGAGGAGCUGUUAUCUUUUCCUGCUUAUCUUGGGUACAAGCUCAACGACAGGAUUAAGAGGCGCCAUGAGAUUAAGACGUUUGUAAAAGGAAGGAGUUCAAGUUCAAAUCAGUCGGACCAUUUUUCACUAAACAAACUUUUGAGCGUGCCUAGUAAGAGAUUUCCACAUUUCAAUGCAGACUGUAUCAUCUGUUGAUGCUGAGAAUUAGAGUAUAUAAACUGUGAAUGUGUGUAUAUGCAAGCUCAUUGAUGCAGAUUUUGGGGGUUGCUUCUUGAUAAGUUUUUGUGUUCUUGUAAUGUCUUUGGAAUUUUGAACCAUUUGCAAUGGUUUAAAUCUCAAAAACUGAACAUUUAUGCUACUGUAAGGCAUGUUAGAUGUCACCUUAAACUCUUGAUAUUUCAGGAUCUAACAUAAUUUGAGUUAGGAUGUGUUUGACGACUGGGACCUGAGAUAUGGGGCAUCCCAAGUUCCAGCCCAUGCUUCAACUUCUUAAUUUGGUUAUGCUCCCCAUUCAGGGUGUCGUAAGUGCGCACUCUUUGAAAAUGAGGUGUGCACCCUUCCAUCUACCACUAAGAGAGCGGUGCUUUGGGACAAUAGGGAGCUCAUCCCUCUCCUUUUAUUUUCUAUUCGCCUUAGAAAAAGCCCUCAUCACCCCACCCAAACUCUUAACCGCUCUCUCUCACUAGCCAAGCUUGCUUCGUUCCCACUAAACUUCGUUCCCCCCUCUUGGUUUCAACCAUGAUCUGAGGUUCGUAUCCAUUCCAGAUUAUUGGUGUUCAAUGGUACAUGUCCAACAAGGAGGAGAGAACUGUACAAGGAAUUAAUGGCUUUUUGAUGUAUAGACAUAAGGAUUUAUCAUAUAUAACCCUACGAGAAGGGCAUUUGAGGCUUAUUUGUGCAGUGUAUUCUAAUUGGAACUGCAGUUUAUGCAUUAUAAUGCCUCAAACAGUUAGGUGGAGUGGUUUAAAUUUCUAUAAUUGAUAUUUGGAGGGUGGGCUAAUGUUAAUCAAUUGAAACGGGCACGUUGGUCCUGUGAAGUUUGUUUGCAAGUUGUUUAAUUGGUGGAAUAUGAUGAUCUCUUCACAAGAAUGAGAAUAUUUCUGGUUUGUGCAUUGGGUUCCAAAAUUAUAUCUAUGUAUUGGCUGUUGCAACUGAAAUUUUGUCCUUCAAGAACCGAGAAGGUCUGUUUUAGAGCAUUUUGAAUUUUGGGGUUUUAUUGGUUUUUACCAGGUGUUUCAGAUUGCUGGAUAAGGAAUUUUCUUUUUGCUGAUUCCAAAAUACCCCAUUGUUCGUACUUGUCAGAAAAGGUUGAGAUUGGGAAUUUUAAUUUGAGAUGGGGUCGAAGGAAAUUGAAAUCGAAGGGGCCAAUCUCUUCAUUCUUGGGUUGCUUUGCUAUUGAUCCACUUGAGCAUUAGUGUUCUUAAAGAUGUCUAUCACAGAGGUCUCAAUUCUACACCGCAUGGCCAUUGUUCUGGCUUUGCUUUGGGUGCUUUCAUAUUAUAAUUACUGCCAUCCUGUGGUGUACAUCGUAUCAUUCAUUUAUAUUUACCUGGUUAUUGUUGAACAUCAGUGGUGAAUGUGAGCAGUGCUCAAGUUAUUACAGGUGAUUGUUGAAUGGAUUGAUUUCUUAUUGCUUGCAUUGUGCAUGUGUGUUUGUAUAAAGAUCGAGAUUUUUCGACAUGAGGAAGUGCACGUCAGUCAGUGUGCGGCGGAAAGAGAGAAAAGAAAGGAAGCACCGUCGUGCGCGAGUGUCAUCAUGUGCGAAGUGCCGCCAUGCGAACAGCAGUGUACAUCGUCGUGCGCGGUAGAGAGCUUGCGCAGCAAUAAGAAGAAAAAGAAGAAGAAAGUGCGCGCGGCAUUAAGAAGAAGAAGAGAUCGCUCGGCAAUAAGAAGAAGAAGAAUAAGGUGCACGUAGCAGUAAGAAACAGAAUAAGAAAGUGAGCGCGUGGCAGUAAGAGGCAGAAAGAGAGCGUCGUUGUGCGCUGCAUAAAGAGAGGCCGUCGUGCGCAACAGAGUUCACGCUGUUGUGCACGACAGGGAGUUCAUGCCGCCGUGCGUAGCAGAGUUCACGUCAUUGUGCGCGACAGGGAGUUCAUGCUGCUGUGAGUGUUCUAUUGUGAGUGCUUUUUGGCGCAUGUAAGCCACUUGUAUUCCUUGUCAGCCAUUUGGAUGCCACAUGGAUGCCAUUUGUAACACUUUGGUUGUCACCUGCCAGCUGCCUCCCCUUUUGGUUUAUAAAUACUACCCCUCUCACCCCUCCUAGGACUUGUGUUCUCUCUCACUCACGAGUCCCCUUUCUAAAGACUUAGAAUCAUAACCUCUUGGAGCCAUUUUGGGAGCUUGGGAACUUGGUCUUUGUAGGGAUUUUGGGACACUUUUGGGUGCAAAGCAUCAGCCUGCGGUUUUUGAGAGCGGACGGCUGGGUAAAUCGUGGCUGGCAGUUGAAGAUCUGAGCUUGUCUAUGCAGAUAGUAGGUGUUUGAUGGUGGAGGCCAUAUAGUUGUUUUGUUGAAGUCUUGUAUGUUUUUUGUUGUUGGGCCUUAGUGCCUUGGACAUGAUUGUAAUGAAAUUUUGGAACCUGUAUAUAUAUAAAUUGGUUUUAUUUUAUCCA